AUGAAUCAGGGUCACACGGGAGGUAUUACUGUGAACUCUGAUGUAGGACCAAGGCACGUCAUGGUAAUGAUGAAAGUUGCCAGAGGGAAACUUUUGCCGGAAAAGGAUGCAAACGAUGUAAAUCUAAAUGAGACAGGAUGGAUGGCGAACAGUGAAAAGGCUGAUCAACGUUUUACGCUGAUUUCUGAUCAACACAUGAGACCAGCGGCCGUGAUGGAGGCGGCGGCAAAACGUGAAAUGCAGGGAGAGAUUGAGCGCGUAAACAUGAAAGUCAAUUACCGCACUUUUGGACAGCAAGAUCGCAGAGAUUUUGAGAAUAUCGAUAUGCCGUUAGCAAUCUUCAUCCACAGCUCCGACUGCAAUAUUCACGUGGCUGUGAAUAUUAUUCUGUGCUUCUUCUUCUACUUGCCAGCCAUUAUCCAUGCUCUGUGGUACUGCUUCUUCCGCGGUUAA